AUGUCAAUCAACACGUAUAUCGUAAUCGAAGUUCGCGAAAAGGAAAGUGCGUUGGAUAUUAUGAAUAUUCUUGUGAGUUUUCAGAAGAAAAAAGGUCAAAAAUGGAUAAUUUCCAGAUGACCCACACAAAAACCCGUUUCACAUGCACAAACGAUAUUCAAGAAUAUGCAUUAGAGCGCGAAAGAUUGUGUGCACCACAAAAUCAUCCACCAAAACAGCCAACUCCCCCUCCACCUCAACAAUUAUUCAUGGAACCACCUCCGGCUAAAAAAUCCGCAGUUUCUGCUGAAAUCGACGAAGUGAAACCGAUCGCAAUGUUCAAUCCGUCACCUCAACCAACAUCAUUUAUCCAGAAUAAUUCAGUAUUUCCAAAUUGUUAUCCAUCUGAAUAUUCGUCACACGAAUUCGUCGCGGCCGCUUCAAAUAUGCCAGUAGAAAGACAACCAAUGCGAACAGUUCAAUCGAAUGGAAAACUUGUGCAAGUCUCGCAAUGCACAAUUUGUAGUACGAAUAUAAAAGUUCGAGGUUUGGAUUAUUAUAAACGAUGUGCACAUGCGAUUAUUCAUACAGAUUUGAUGAGGUGAGAACUUUAAUUAAGCUCAAAAUAAGGGAAAAGGUGUCCGGUUCAAGUUUUUUCUUAAAAUCUGAAGACUAGGUGUCAGGUCAAAUUUUUUUUUCAAUGUUUUUGAAGCGUUGCUCAGGUCAAAUGUUGCAUUUUAUAAUUAAAUUCUAAUUUUUGAGUGAAAAAUAGGCAUUGCUCAGGUUAGAUAAGGCUGAGGAAAAUUCCAUUUAACCUGAGCAAUGCCCAUUUUUAACUCAAAAAAUUUAAAUUUAAUCAUAAAAUGCAUAAUUUGACCUGAGCAAUGCACCAAACCCUUAACAAUUUUUUCGUAGAUUUCUUCAAAAAUUGCCUUAAUCUGAACCAGACCACCUUUAGAAAAGUUCAGUUUCAAAAGUUAUGACGUGGCAAAAUCCAAUUCCAGCUCCGAGUUCUUCGAGAAACCAAACAAAAACUUUUCGCAGAUUCGACUGUACAAUUCCGGGUUGCCCAUUCAAAGUAAAACACCGUGCAGAUGUAUCGCGUCACAUGAAAACCGUUCAUCGAAUGGAAGUCGGCGAAUACACUGUCAGAGAUAUUUUGUGAGUUUCCUUCGGGUGAAAAAAAAUAUAUUUAGUCUGAUUUUGUUUUUUGCAGAACCGAAUCUGACCAGCAAAUUCUCCGCGAAUGCGUUGCUGUCUGCUUUCCCGAGAUGAGCGAUCGAAUUGCGAGAAAAAAUCGGGACGCGGCCAAAUUCAAUGAGGGCGGAAGUGAACACGAUGAAAUGGAAGACGAUUAUGAUAUCGAUGACACUUCGAUUCACUAA